UCCCGGCUGUCGUUCAAGGAUUAAUUUCUUUACUUUCCCGUUUCGUUUCUGUCUCUACGAAUUGAAUUUGGUUGGUUGUUUAUUUUCUGGUGAGCAGUUAUUUCGAGUUUUUAAGGAGAGAGAAGAUUUUUGCUAGAGAGAGAGAGAGAGAGAGAGAGAGAGAGAAGGGGAAGAAGAAGAAAAGAUGGUUGCUUUGGUGUCAAGACAAGGGAGGCAAUUGCAGAGAUAUAGCGAUAGCGGGCGUCGCCUCGUUGUGGGAUGUAUUCCUUACAAACUCAACAUCAACAAUCAAUGCAACAGUGAUCUCAUUGAGAACAUGGAGGUUUUGGUGGUCAGCUCUCAAAAAGGCAAUGAGAAUGGGAUGAUGUUUCCAAAAGGAGGUUGGGAAUCCGAUGAGACCAUAAAACAAGCAGCCUUGCGAGAGGCGUUGGAGGAAGCUGGCGUGCAAGGAUGCAUAGAGCGAAGACUUGGUAGAUGGAGAUAUCCGAGCAGAACACAACACACGAUCAACGAGGGCAUCAUGUUCCCUUUGAAUGUAUCCGAGGAGUUAGUUCAUUGGCCUGAGAUGGAUGUCCGUGAAAGGAGAUGGGUGUCGGUGGAGGAGGCAAGGGAGAUGUGUGAGCAUGUAUGGAUGAAGGAAGCAUUGGAUAGAUUAGUAAGGCGCAUUUCAUUCUCAAAUAUGCAGAAGGCGACGAAAGCUUCAUCGUCGUAGUACAAUAUUGUUUUGUUUUGAGUCUCGUGUACAUAACUUCAAAUGAUUAGGGGGAGGAAGGUUUUUUUUUGUUAUCUCAAUGUUUUUUGUCCUGAAAUUUCUUUGUUAUGCUGGUGUAAGGAUUGCUUAUUCAAUUGACAAACAGAGAUGGUUUCCUUUUA